CGACAGCAGCACCAGUCGAGCCCCAGCAAGCAGAUUCGACAACAAAAUUCUUCUGCAGCAAGGGCUUCCAAGUCCAAAGCGAUCAUCAGCUCAUGGCUUUGGAUUGCAGGGCCUUGCCGCAGCCGGCGACCGCCUGCGUCGCCGCCGUCGAGGCGGCGAGGCCGUGGUUGGGGGCCUGCGGUGCUAAGUCGUCUACGGAUGGAAAGGACAAACUGCAGGGGAGCGCCGUUGAGGUGGAUGUGCCGCUGUUGUGGGACGACGAGGGGAGGAUGAAGCGGGAGCUGGUCGCCUGGGCCAAGGCCGUGGCAUCCAUGGCCAUCAGGGAAUCGAUGCGGUGCUAAGGAGUACACGCGCAGCGCGAGGCGAUGGAGGAGUCAUGGGUCGAUGCAUUUCUUGUUUGCUUCGUGCACGCAGCUACACACCCGCGGCACCGAGCGUGGCCGGUGGCCGCUGGCCUGCAUUUCGUUUCCUCUGAAUCCCUUUUUCACGGAGCGAUCGGUCAUAGUCCAUCGAUCAUUCGGGAUGUAAAUGUUUCUGGAAAGGAUGGAGGACUAAUCCAUAAUACCUAAAUAGUUGAACCCAUUACUUUUAA